UUAAGUCUAUAUGAAAGAUAUCUUUUAUUAUGUCAACAACAGAAAAGAAAAAGGAAUAAGUUUUGAAGAAAAAGAAAAAGAAAAGAAAAGAAGAAAAAAGAAGAAAAAAGAAGAAGCAAAUCCCUCUCUAUAAAAAGAGGUGGUGAGUGUAAUAGAAAGACAGUAGCAAGGAAGUGCAGAAAUAGAAGUAGUAUCUUAGUUGCAGUAGCAAAGCAAGCAACAGUGCAAGAUGAUGAAGGAUAAUCUUGAAGUGAAGACUGAAGAGGGUGAUGAGAAGAAAUGGGUUCAUGAUUCUUCAGUGGACCACAAAGGCAAGGUUCCACUUCGAGCUUCAACUGGUUCUUGGAAAGCUGCUUUCUUCAUUAUUGCAAUUGAGACCAGCGAGAGGUUGAGCUUCUUUGGAAUAGCCACUAGUUUGGUCCUUUACCUCACAAAGGUUAUGCAUCAUGACCUAAAAACAGCAGCAAGAAAUGUGAACUACUGGUCUGGUGUCACAACUUUGAUGCCACUGUUUGGUGGAUUCAUAGCUGAUUCAUACAUGGGCCGUUACACCACUGUUCUGGCAUCAAGCAUUUUCUAUCUCAUGGGUUUGAUUCUCCUAACUUUGUCUUGGUUCCUGCCAAGCUUAAAGCCAUGUGAUGACACAGGCUUAUUCACUAAACCGAGGAGAAUUCAUGAAGUGGUUUUCUUCCUGGCCAUUUACUUAAUAUCCUUUGGAACUGGAGGGCACAAACCCUCCUUGGAGAGCUUUGGCGCUGACCAAUUUGAUGAGGAUCAUGAUGAAGAAAGGAGGCAAAAAAUGUCCUUUUUCAAUUGGUGGAACUGUGCACUAUGCACUGGACUUAUUGUAGGAGUGACCCUCAUUGUUUACGUACAAGACAACAUAAGCUGGGGAGCUGCUGAUAUUAUCUUCACAGUGGUCAUGGUUUUUUCACUGAUCAUCUUCGUAUUAGGAAGGCCAUUCUAUCGUUAUAGGGUACCCACUGGGAGUCCCUUGACUCCAAUGUUGCAGGUUCUUGUUGCUUCCUUUUCCAAAAGAAAGCUUCAACAUCCUUCUGAUCCUGCUCAAUUGUAUGAGGUUCCAAAAUCUAUUGGCAACAACAAAAGAUUUCUGUGCCACACUAACAAACUGAAAUUUCUUGACAAGGCAGCGAUUCUUGUCAAUGAUGGAGGUUUAGUUGAGAAGCAGAGUCCUUGGAAUCUAGCAAGUGUAACAAAGGUCGAAGAAACGAAGCUUAUCAUCAACAUGAUUCCUAUUUGGGUAUCUACCAUACCAUUCGGAAUAUGUGUGGCACAAACUGCUACAUUCUUCGUGAAACAAGGUACCACAUUGAACAGAAAGAUAGGUAACGGGUUUGAGAUUCCACCAGCUUCAAUCUUCACGGUGUCCGCGUUGGGAAUGGUAGUUUCUGUGGCGAUAUAUGACAAGAUUCUUGUGCCUGUGUUACGAAGAGUGACACAGAAUGAGAGAGGAAUCAACAUUCUUCAGAGGAUUGGUUUCGGAAUGGUGUUCUGUAUUGCUGCAAUGAUAGCAGCAGCUUUGGUGGAGAGAAAGAGGCUUGAAGCUGUUGAGAGGGAUCCCUUGAAGGGUUCACUGACAAUGAGUAUAUUCUGGUUGGCACCACAGUUUCUCAUCAUUGGUUUUGGAGAUGGAUUUACUCUUGUGGGUUUGCAAGAGUACUUUUAUGACCAAGUUCCUGACUCAAUGAGAAGCCUGGGCAUAGCAUUUUACCUUAGUGUAAUGGGUGCAGCAAGUUUCCUGAGUAGCAUGCUUAUAACAGUAGUUGACCACAUGACAGAGAAGAGUGGCAAGAGUUGGUUUGGGAAGGAUUUGAAUAGUAGUCGAUUGGACAAAUUCUAUUGGCUACUGGCAGCCAUGAGCACACUCAAUUUAUUCUUGUUUGCGUUUCUUGCCAGUCGAUUUUCCUACAAAAGGGUGCAAAAGGUAGUUGUGGCUGAUUGCUAUGAAGACAAAAGUGAUUAUGAGAGUGUGGAAACCAAGGUUUAGGGUCAUUUUAGUUUUAAUUACUAAGCAUGUUGUAAUGUAGAACAAAUAUAUUAUCACAUCUCUUCACAGCUUAUAUUAUGUUACUCUUCCAUCCUUUGAUGUCAAGAUCCUGUAAAUGCUGAUAUAAUAUAACUUAAUGAACAAUGCAUUUUCGCAUGCUCUCUGAAAGGGUCAGUCAUACAUCUUAUGUUAAUUUUGUAACAAGC